AAACCACAUGAACGGCGGCGGGACGGGCUGGGUCUUGAAAGUGGCCCUCAGCCUGCGUUUGUCUGAAGCCGGGGAUUUAUCCACAGAAACUCGCAUGAAAAACUGUGAGGGGGGAGGCUGGGAUCUGCAGCUUCCAAGUGCUGGGGGAGAUGCUUUAGUUCUCGCCAGCUCAGGCAUUAUAUUGGAGAAGCAGGACGAGAGCUCUAAAGCGAAGGCAGAAUUCAUCAGUGACGCUAAGGAGAAAUGGGAAGAGGUGAAGGAAGCUCCUCCUAGAGAACUGACAGAAGAAGAAAAACAGCAAGUUCUCCAUUCAGAAGAAUUCCUGAUAUUUUUUGACCGGACAAUACGUGUAAUUGAGCGAGCGUUGGCUGAGGAUUCAGACAUCUUCUUCGACUACAGUGGCAGAGAUGUAGAAGAGAAAGAUGGAGAUGUUCAAGCGGGAGCCAACCUUUCCUUCAACCGUCAGUUUUACGAUGAGCACUGGUCGAAGCAUCGUGUCGUCACCUGUAUGGAUUGGUCUCUUCAGUACCCCGAGUUGAUGGUUGCGUCUUAUAACAAUAACGAAGACGCUCCACAUGAGCCUGAUGGAGUAGCCUUGGUAUGGAACAUGAAGUUCAAGAAAACCACGCCGGAGUAUGUUUUCCAUUGUCAGUCCUCCGUGAUGUCUGUCUGUUUUGCCCGCUUUCACCCAAACCUGGUCGUUGGUGGAACAUACUCUGGCCAAAUUGUUUUGUGGGAUAAUCGCAGCCACAGGCGCACUCCAGUUCAGAGAACUCCCUUAUCUGCUGCUGCUCACACGCAUCCUGUGUAUUGUGUGAACGUAGUGGGAACGCAGAACGCGCACAAUCUCAUCACCGUCUCCACCGAUGGCAAAAUGUGCUCCUGGAGCCUGGACAUGCUCUCAACUCCACAGGAGAGCAUGGAGCUGGUGUACAAUAAGUCCAAAGCAGUGGCGGUUACAGGAAUGGCUUUCCCAACCGGAGAUGUCAAUAACUUUGUCGUUGGCAGCGAAGAGGGAACAGUCUACACAGCCUGUCGUCAUGGAAGUAAAGCUGGCAUCGGUGAAAUCUUUGAAGGCCACCAAGGGCCCGUCACAGGAAUUAAUUGUCACAUGGCAGUGGGUCCAAUCGACUUUUCCCAUCUCUUUGUCACAUCAUCAUUCGACUGGACAGUCAAGUUGUGGACCACAAAG